AUGGAAGAGAAAAAUGCGUCUACAUCUUCCGCAACAACUUCUGAAGCUCCAUCAAAAUCUGAACCAGAACUGACAGUGGAAAACGAGGAAGAGUUGCAAGUAGAUGAGGUCGACGGAGAAGUCGUUCUCGAAGAGGUGCGGCUCAAUAUAUUCCUGACUCCUCCACUCCUAUUUUUCAGAACGAAGGGUUUGGAUUCGAGUACGAUAGCUCGUUUCACGUGAUGCAGGAACAGAAUAUGUUGUACGAGGUAAUAUUGAAAAAUUAUGGUAUAGGAUAGAGUAUAAGAAGUAUAGGUAUGUCCUUCUAAAUGAAGGUUUUAUUUAUCGGUUAGUUUUAAUGAAUGUCGCUCAACGGAAUAAAGUUACUUUGGUGAAAAAUAAUAAUCACUUCGAAUUUCGUAGCUUUACCAGCCUGAGGAAACACCGCAAGGGACGUUUCUGUGCCGAAUUUGUUUGCGCCUUGGAAGGGUAUACUUCAUGCCGUUUUCCUUGCUGACGACGAGAUUCAGGAAAACGAGUUUCCUGACAGGGUCGCGUUCACAACCCAUCGCUAUAAGUCCCAUGGAUCCUUCAAUGUUGGUUUUAGUGAAGAAUUUCUUGUGAAUAUACUUUCAAAAAGAUGAGCUGUUGAGAAAGAGAUUUUUAUGUUCCCGACAAACACUGUAAUCACGAUACAGACUUAUGAAAGAAAUCAAAAGCCCAGAUUUAUUUCCUUUUGAUGUUAUGAAGUAAUUGUUUUCAAUGAUGUGCAUGAAAGUUUACGCAGCGCGAAUUUUGAACGUCAAUGAGUUCGAGACUUCUCGAACCUUGUAAGCUGUUAGUUUUAUAUAAAGAAGAGAUAGGAAUGUUUUUAUUUUCAAAAAAGUUUACGCUGGGCAAAAACUCCUGCACACAGACCUUUGGAAUAUCUUCAUAUUCAGGUCCAGUUUUUUGAGAAAAAAUGAAAGAUUUUCGAUCAGAAUCACUAGCUCUGACUUAAACCAAUUAUGAAAUUUAGCGGAGAGGUCCAUUUUUUCCAGUUCAAUUGACUUUUUGAAGUGGCCGGGCGCAAUACGAUUAUUUGAGAAUUUUCGGUCAUAAAAUGGAACCUUCCGUAUUUAGGGAGAAAUGAAUACUCUUUUAGCGUUGAAUAAAAAAAAAAUCAACUUUUUACAUCUUGGACUUUUCAAAAUGUUUAGUUAUCUUGACUACUCUCUGGCGGUUUUUAUGAACUAUUCUGAUCACUAAGAAUAACUGCCGAGAUAAACGCGAGACACUGGCGGUACAUUGACGAGCUCGCAAACAUCUCGCAUUUUUUCUCGCGCCGGUCUCGCAUUUUUCUGGGCGCGAGCUCGCACUUUUCUAGGCGCGAGCUCGCAUUUCUCUCGCAUUUUGAAAAUUUCCGAAAUGCAAGAUAAAUGCGAGGUCGCGCCGAGAAGAAUGCGAGCUCGCGCCCAGAAAAAAGCGACAUGUUUGCGAGUUCGUCAAUGUACCGCAACCGACCUCGCGUUUAUCUCGUCAGUUAUUCUUAGUGAUAUAGCAAGUCCUGUUCUUGAGUCAGACUUGGAAUAAUCGUGAAUAAACUUCUCUGGUAAUCCUUCUCAUUUUAUAUUUACUUCCAGCUCAUAAAAUGAACUGGAGAUUCAUAACUUGAACCGUUGUUAAUGACUUCAGAACACAAUCCUAUGUCCCGUGCAGGACUGCCGCGAGACUUUUGCCGCCAUGGCUUCCUUGAGACGCCAUCUGACGGUUUGUUUUUUGUUUUCGUUUCGGUUUAGGAUGAGAAGAGCCCCGAUUUUUAGAAAAGAACGACUUUUUCUUGCAGAUGAAUCAUAACGCGCCAAUCGAAGUUCAUCAGAAAAUGUUCGCCAAUAUCGGGGAGUUCGAGAAAUGGCGCCAUCUUGUGGAAAUGUCUUCGCAGUCGCGCUUCAUGCUUCACUCCAAGCAACCCAAACAUCGGCGUCAGGUUUUUCAGUUCAACAACCAAAGAAGAAAGAGAGCUUCCGUUCCGUGUAAUUUGGUGUAAUAUCUUCACUCGAAGUGGUCGCUCUCAGUCCGAGGCCUAGAGCACGGUCUCCGGGUUUCAGCUACAAGAUCCGCUGUAUUCUGAGCUCGUCAAGGCGCAACUGAAUAGACUACGCGCAGAAGAACGAGGCGAAGGACCGGAAAGCCAUGCUUUCAAAUCUUUCGACUACACGCUAGGACUUCUGGAUCGCCGAAGGCGGUUGUUCGUUAUAGCUUUAAAAGUUCUUGUUCACCGCCUAGUUGAUUAUAACUUACGAAAACAAAAAAAAAGUAAAUGAUUUGGUUUGGUUUGAAUUGUUUAUGAUGUUAGGUCUGGAAAGUUUUUGAAAUUAUUUCGUUUAAAAAAAAUUUUAAAAAAACUUGACAGGUGAUGCACUGCGCGUGCAGCGAACACAAGCUCGUCCUGCAAUCUUCGAAGUUGGAGAAUUUACCAUCUUUUUGGGAUAUUUUUCUUUUCCAGACAUCGGUUGCCCCGUCUCCGGAUGCAGAAAGAAGGCGCCUGUUGCCCUGCGCAGAUCUCUUUUCGCAUCGAGGCCAAAACUGGGUUUUUUUUUCUUCCUCGGCUGUUUUAUCAAAUUUCAAUUUCCACAGCCAAGUUCAAUGCUUCUGUCAACUCUACCAUAUCGGCCAUAUUGAGAAUAAUGAGACGAAAUCGGAGAAAACUGAUCGUUACUCUCAUAUGGUUUGUUUUAUUUUUUUGCUGUGAUUUCGAACGAUCCUCUUUUAAUGACGUUUGGAUUUAUCGGAUAUUUGUACGUUUGAUUAUCAAAGUAUUUAGAUAUCGUCGAUCGGCGUGUGAAACUGAAAAAAAGAGUUUUUAACGGUUUUUCGAGCCGAACGGUUGCAAAAAAAAAAAAUGCACUGAGGAAAUUAUUUCAAAGCCUUCAGUUUUUUUCAGAUCUUGCCUCUGAUUCAAAAUUGACUAGGUGAAGAUGUUUUUUUCAUUUGUAAAAAAAAUGAGCCUAUUUCACUAGCGAAAUUUCAGAAAAAUUUUUAAUUUUUAUUUUUAUAAUCUAUUCUUUUUUUCUCUUCUGAUAAUCUUACUCUAUCGACCGGAAAAAAUCAGAUUUGCCGACCGAUUGGAGCGCAUUUUCCGAUGAAACCGGAGUUUUACGGAGACCGCGCCUUGCAGUUUAUACAGGUUUUCCUUAUCUUUUUUUCGAAUUCAGCUAUUGUUUCCAGAUCGACAUUGUUGGCAUCGAGGCAACUGUCUAUGGAAACGCUGUUUAUGAGAACUUUCUGAUGGUCGUUGACUUGAAGGUUCGUUCUAUUUUUCUGCGAAGGCAUGGUUGGUAAGGUUAUUCACUGCUAGGCGGUGUGGAGAUGAAUCAGAGUGAAAGGUUGUAGAAAUGUGCCUUCUGUGUCUCGAACUUUCUUGGAAAUAGCCGCUCAAUUUCAGUUCACCACAGCUAGUAGAUCUAGUAUAGAACCCUCCGUUGAAGUUUUUCUUAUCUUAUCACACAAAGGAUAAAAUCAAGGCACGGCUCAGAAACGGCGUUACAUAGCGCCUGGAAACUUUUUAUGAAAUAUAUACUCACUCUUGAUCUACUUUUUCGAUCGAGUAGUUGUUUCCUUCUUUACAGACAAAGUUUCUGUGGGGUCGAGCUCUGACGGAUCCCAGUAGGACCGUCUUGAUCCGACUGCUCUCCGAGAUUUUCUUCCAGUUUGGCGUUCCACGUUGCUUUUUCUGAGGGGGUUCACAGCAUAGACAUUACUUCAGAAGGAUUUUCGUGUUCGAUGUCGACGACUCUGAUCCGAGAAGCCAUGAGGGCCAUCGAAACUGUUUUCUCUGUGGAAAUUCGCGAAGUUUGGAACGAAGUCAGUUCAAAGUUAUUUAUGAGAAUGUACAGUUAUCUUGAAGCCGCCAAAAUAUGACGAAAUCGAGCAAGGUCUUCUACAAUCCGCCAGUUCCGAACUAGGAAGCCCUCAUCGUUGGGUCGAGGUACGUUUUUCUUUAUCAAAAAAACUUUCUGCCUUUUUUUUCUUGGAGGAAUACAUUCAUUUAUUGUACGCACUUUUGCACCGACAUUCAAAAGGCCUUUAGAACUAAUAUGACGAUUUUUUCAUAGAUUUUUCAAAGAUUUUCUGUGAUCAACCGACUAUCAUUUUAUAGAUGCUUCCAUUCUCUAUCAUGGAAAUCAACCACCGCGCCAUCAAUGGGAAGAGCCCUUUUGAGGUUUCUUCCACUAUCGAUUUUCACCAUGAUGACUCGAUUCGCAGAGAAUGUUCAAUCGCAAGCCGCUGGGAGUGUCAGAAGAGAAGGAGCCGAGUCCACGGGGCGCCGUUGACCAAGAGAAAUCGAGAAAGAAUGUCGGAUUCUUAGAUCCUGAAGAUUUGGGAGCGGAGCUUGGCUAUUCAGUCGGCGAACGUGUAUAUGUAAAACACGACUUCAUGAUCUAUCUUUUUCUCUCUUUUACAGCUGAGGCAGGGCACCAAAAAGCCUGGUCGCGGUAACAACCUUCCCUUCAUCUACGGCUACAUUGCCGAAGUUGAUCGGCACUCGCCGCACUAUCCCUAUAAAGUUCACCAUUCGCAAAGCGAAGAUCCGUGGCCUAGUGAAGGUUUCGCACCGGCCUAUUGAAAAAAAAAAUAUUCAUCUCGAAUUAUCACCGAUCAAAUAUAAUUAAUCUACUUACUGAAAACUUUUUUUCAGCAAACGUUUACGCUUGGGCAAGUUCGUAUGACAUUUUGCCAACCACACACAGCGUCAAGGCCAUAAACGAAAAAGGUGAAAUUUCCAUUUGAAAGCAUGUUCAGGGCAUUAGCCAAUUUAUAUGAAAUUUUUCAGACUCGCUCAAGAAUUUUUUCUUGUGGCUGCUAGCGUGCGUUUUAAUGACCACUCAAAAAUUUUUACGGCUUUCGAAAUGUUAAUUUGAACUGUUUCAGAAAGACAAGAAAUCAUGCGGAGUUUGCUCUGCUCGUGUGACCAAGCAAGGGGAGAUCAUGGUGAAAAGGCGAGAGCACCUUGUGAACUCUUCCGCAACACUUUCUGCGAUAACCGAAUGUCAAGAGUUUGCUGCGAGAUGUUUGGAGGAAAGCAGUGUUACUACCACUCCCUGUAUCCCGUUUUCGACGACUCUUACCAAGUAUUUUGAGAUGCAUUCAAAUAUUUUUAUUCCCCUUUCAGCGAUUGGAAACAAUGUACAGCAUUUAUCAAUCGAAACUGAAAGAGGCUCGAACCAAAAGGAGCGAAGCAAGACCUGACGGAAAUGUUUCGAUUUCCCAGAAGCGAGAAACAUCGAAACCAAGAACAGUUGCUCCUACAGAAGUUUGUGCAAGCAAAAAAUUAUAGAAAUAAGAAAAUUACAUUUCAGGGAUCAACGCCCGCUAUUAAACGUGUAGCUGACACCAAAAUUAUGGGACCCCCUAAAAAGGUUCUACUGUGGCUUUUUCACCGUUUCCUGAUUUACCUAAUUCCAGUCAACAACUUCUGUACCAACGCAAGCCAAGAAAACCGAUUCAACAAUCACGACCGACAGCGAGGAAUGCCAAAAAAGUCCAAUAGUACCGACAUCACGGCGUUCUUCAAGAAAACCUGUGAAAUCUAAAGUUUUUGAUGAAUCCACGUACUGUGCGUAA